UUUUCCUUUUUCCAAAUAAAAAGGACAGAAUGUUUUAAAGCAUGUAGCUUUAAAGUGGAUCGUGCUUUGUGAACAAACAAAAUUCAUUCAUUUGUAUUAUUGUUUUUAUACUGGUAGCUUGACGGAUCUGAUAGUUGAAAAGUUUAAACUAUAUAAAGUGUAAAACCAGUGAUAUAUGUGGUAAAUCGUUUAGUUAUCAGUUAUUUGUAUGACAAAAAGUCAAGAAAAUUCGGUUCGAGAUGCAGACUGCCGAAGAAGAAAUUGAGAAGUCAACGGAACGCGGAUCGAAUGAGAGAGUUGAAAUUAUGCGAACCGAAUUGAGAGAAGAUGCUUUAAUAAAAAGAAAAGAGGAUCGUGCGUUCGCGUGGAGUAAAAAUCGUACAAACUUGGGAGUCUGUCGAGAUGAACCGUUUUCCACUGAAUAUAUUAAUGAAAGAGCAAAGCUCCUUAAGAAGAAACGGAUAUCUCUUGAGGAUUACAGAUACCUGCCUAAUGCUCUUAUUCAGUCGGAGGAGAACAUAAGUGCUUUUCUGCGAGUAGAUCAAAGUUUAUCAUGUCUGGUACGCGAUCUGUCUGGUAACAGUCCAAAUUUUCAAUUGUAUGCAGCUAAUUGUUGUUGCAACAUCGCUCUCGGAAGUGCGAGAACAUGCACAGUGCUAGGAAAAGCAGUCGUUCCAUAUCUACUUACUAAACUGGACAGCUUAAACUACGUAUUGCUGGAUGUCUGCAUUUGGACAAUCGGUAAUCUAGUUGCAGGAAGCAACAAUGCCUUUUCUAUUUUACAUGCACAGCACUGCCUGAAACGUUUAAUUUUAUUGUUACACAAUUGCAAUGACUCCGUUCUACUUUCCGUGGUGUAUACACUUCUGCAUUAUGUACACGUAGGAUUUCACUCGAUAUUGGAAAGUGAAAUGGCAGAGCUUGUCGAAGUUGUCAAAAAACGGAACCUUAUGUACGAGCAUCCAAACUUUAUUUGGUUGUUGGCUUUGUUGUCCUCGUCACCAACAUGCACUGCACAUUUGCACUCUAUUCUGCCACAAGUCGUCGAUUAUCUGUAUUCAGCUACUUCAGAUGAAACAACUCAUGCUAAUGAGAUUACAGCAUCCAUACGUAUAUUGGCUAACACGUUGCACGAUUCUUGCGAAGACAAAACAGGUGUUCUUCUGAGAAAUCCAAAAUAUUCAAACGAGGAUUUAUGUGUUUUAUUAAACAAAUUAUUGUCACAUCCAUACAUGCACAUUCGAAAGGAAACCCUAUGGUUACUAGGGAAUUUGUACAACCACAGAUCCUCCGAUGUUAGUAAAACUGUAAAAGACCUUGUGCCUUUUUUGCCAGCAUUAAAUCAGGCCUUUUCUGCAAUCUGUUUUAAUUGACAUGGACAUGGACGUGGACAUAAACGCACAACUAAACGAUGUCUUGAAAAAGGUACGAAUUUUCUUGACAGUUCUGAGGAAGAAUACCGAUUACCUCUCAUGUCUUCUAUGCACGGCACCUUAACGAUAUUGAAGUAUAUUUGUCCCAUCAGAUUCGCCGUCGGAUGAUUGGCAGCUUUUAAGCACUGAUAAAGCGUCAUAUCGCAAGUACAAUGUGACCUGUCUACCGAACACUUGGGCUAGAUUGCCACGUUGCAACAAUUUCUCAGCGUCGUUCUCCCGGACGAAGGCAGCUAUCAGACCGCAUGGGGUUUCAGAGACUCGCCACGCCGACAGCGGUUUGGAAGCAGCAACAGCUGCCUCAAGAUGAGAUCGCAGUAACUCGCAAUCUAAUAAAUGACCGAACGAUAAAAUAACGUGAAUAUAAAAUUAAUUUUAAUAACCGAGCCACCUAAUUUUUAUUAUUUUAUUUUAUUAUAUAAUUUUAAUUUUACUUAAUUGUAUUUGAUAUUAAAUAUUGAAAGGGAGAAAGGAGAUCGAUUAUAUGAUUUUGUGAGAAUUAAAUGUUGCAAUAAUUUUUUUGCGCUAUGUUUUAUGUCACGCGCUGCUAUCUCGAUUAUGAAUCACUACCGAGCAAGUUGUGAGUCAUAGAUCGCGAAACGCAAUUUUUAUCUUUACAAUGUACUUCAAAUAGCGCAUAUUAAAUUGAGUUGUGUAAGAAAUG